UACUGCUGGUGGACAGUGUGAUUGGGCAAGCUGAAGUAAGCAGGUUUAAACACUAUUUGCAUUCAACAAGUAUUAACUGGCAACCUCGACCUAGUGCCGAGUUUAUUUCUAUAAGUGGAGAGAAUAUAACUUAUGUGCUGUUUCAAAAGCAUUUGAAGUGAGCUGCGUAGAAGCGAGGGGGGAACCAGGCAGAGCGCACAGACUUUAAGCACAGUCCUGUUUCAGCUUUGCUUCAGAAAAGGGUGCUGUUUGAUGUGACAUCAUGAGGAGGAAGGACUAUCACUUCUGACUACAAUGUAAGUUCCACAUUCAAUGAUCUCCAAUUCUGUUAAGAAAUCCACUGGCUGCAUCGAACUUCUAUUGGGAUAAAGAAAAUGAGGAUGUGAACUGUAAACCCUGAAGACUGGUAUGAGAGUGAAAUCGGCACAAUGCUGUCAUCCAGUGAGGGUAGAGGCGAUAUCGCAGAUUGGUUGUUCAGUAUUCAUCUGGAGCAGUACACUAACCACUUCAAGCAGUCUGGUUAUUUCACUGUUGAGGACUGUCAACACAUGAACAAUGAAAUUCUUCUUCAGAUUGGGAUCGGUCCAACAGGACAUCGUAAAAGAAUACUUAAACAUUUGAACUCUGUGUUCCCAGAAGCAGAUGCGAUGACUGUAUCUAAAAGUCCUGAGACUGGAGACACGGACUUAGAGAGUGAGAAUCAGGUGUUAAGUUUACAUAGCCCACCUAAAAUUGAACCUGGCAGAAGCGAACCUGCGUCAAAGCUGAGAACUAAUUUUGUUAAAGGCAACUUUAGUUCAGACUGUAUAGACCCAGUAAGCACUGAUGGAUGUAUUCAGUCUAAAAACAAAAUCCCAUCUUCUCAAAUGCAACGAGUUGAAGUAGAGCAGAAAUUUCCAGUUGGUAAGAACCUGAAAGUAGAUCCGUUUGAGCCAGAUGAAGCCUGUUUUAAUUUCUGUGACCCACAAGGUGAUGUGGACAGCAGACCACCAGUUCCACCACGCCUUCACCAGGGUACCCCACCUCUCAAGUUCACUCCCGAUAGGAUGCCACUGCCUUCUGCUUCAGCUGAUUCCUCAAAUAUUUACUUAACAAAGGAACAUUCCACCUCUGCGGAAAUGCAACAUUUAAGCGGCACUCCGCCAGACUCACCCUUCUUUGAAUUUCAAGGAGAAAUGGUGCAGAAUGAUUUGUAUGUUGGUCAUCUGGGCAACGUGGAGCAGGUUACUUCAUUUCCUGUGACAGCAUCUGAUCUUCGAAACAGACCAGUGCCACAGCUUCCUGAUGUGUGUGCAGCCAUGCUAGACUCUUCAGACACCAGUUCCUUACUGAAAAGAAGAAAUCUCAAACUUUCACAUGUCUCCACUUGUGAUGUUCCACAAAAACUGCUGUUGGCUGCAGAUGAAAAUAAGCCAUCUCCUAUCACCCCAUAUGGGGAAAUGUACCUAUACCAUAGUCCGGAAGAUGAUCAGAAAAUUCUUUCUCAGGAGAUUUUAAACAGACAUCUUCUGCAUGGUAUUGAAGCAUCAACAAGAGCAAUUAGUGACCAAGAGACAAACAAUGAAUUAAGAACCCACCAUGGUGCAAAGUUGUGCGACAAUAACAAGGUGGAGCAGGUAUUAUCACACUCUGACCUCCAUACAGCAGGCGAAGAUCCUGAAAUGGAAUAUUCUACAAUCAGCGACAGUACUUGCAAGCCGAAGUUAACUGUUCAGGCAGUUCCUAGAGACUAUUGCAAACUUCAAGCACCAUCUAAGCAGAGUUUUGUGAAAACAGAGAAUUGCUCACUUCUCCCUAAUGCCACUGAAGAAUCUAUCUGUGAUGCAGGACCUAAUGAGCAUGAUCCGAUCUCACCAUAUGCUUGCUUCUAUGGUGUGCCAAAGAAGACAAAGGAAGGUUGGCUGGAUAAACUCUCACCGCAGGGGAAUUGUGUGUUCCAGAAGCGAUGGGUUAAGUUUGAUGGUGAGAAUUUGUCGUACUACAACAAUGAGAAGGAAAUGUACUCAAAAGGAAUCAUUCCACUCACUUCAAUAAUCAGAGUUCAAGAGUUAGGAGACAACAAGUUUGAGGUGGUUUCUUCCACCAGAACGUUUACUUUUAGGGUUGAAAAAGAAGGUGAUAGAGAAGACUGGAUGAAUACACUUCUCACUGCACUAAGAUCACAGUUUAACAUAUUUUCUCAAUUGAAUUCACGAUGUGCUGUUACAGCUGAUAAAUUUGGUUAUCUUGAGCUGAGAGGCUACAAAGCUCGCAUCUUUGUUGUACUGCGAGGCAGCAUCAUUUGGCUGUAUAAGAGUGAGCAGGAUUUUAAAAGUGGAAUUGGUAUUACAAUGGUUAACACAAAUGUAGCAACAGUCAAAGAUGCCGAUCGUAAAAGCUUUGAAUUAUCUACUCCAUUCCGAAAUUUCAGCUUCACAGCGGAAUCUGAACGAGAGAAACAAGAAUGGAUUGAAGCUAUCCGGGGAUCGAUAGCAGAAAGCCUGUCAGAUUAUGAAGUGGCAGAGAAGAUCUGGUUCAACGAGUCUAACAGAAACUGUGCAGAUUGCCGUGCUCCAGAUCCUGAAUGGGCGUCCAUCAAUCUCGGUGUUGUCAUCUGCAAAAAAUGUGCAGGUCAGCAUCGAUCACUGGGUUCAAAUAUUUCCAAAAUUCGUAGUUUGAAGUUGGAUACCAGUAUUUGGAGUAAUGAACUUGUUGAGUUUUUCAUUGUUGUAGGAAACAAAACAGCCAAUGCUUUUUGGGCAGCCAAUCUCAAAGCAGGUGAAGAAUUGGAUAUGGAUGCUCCACCAAACUAUCGUCUUGAAUUCAUCACUCAAAAAUACAAAGAAGGAAAAUUUCGAAGAAAACUCUCUCCUUUUCUAAACCAAGAAGAACUGAACAAGGCUUUAUGUCAAGCAGUUGUGACACAGGAUAUCUUGGAGACUAUGUCACUUGUUUUCAGUGGGGCAGAUGUCAUGUGUGCAACAGGAGAAUCUACUUACUGUACCCCUUACUUAUUGGCACAGAAAGCUGGCCAACGGUUACAAAUGGAGUUCCUGUUCCAUAACAAACUCUCAGUCCUUCCAAAGAUUGAUGAACUGUCUAAAGCUGGCAUCCUUUCUAAUAACUCACAGUCCAGCUUUUUGUGUGGUUUCCUCUACAAGGCCAUGAACACUACAAAAGCUGUAACUGAGAAAAGAUUGAAGGAAGAUUUCCAAAAGCGAUGGUGUACCUUAGAAGGUGGGUUUCUCAGUUAUUAUGAAAGUGACAAAUCAGCCACACCGAAUGGGAGGAUUGAUAUCAACGAGGUAGUCUGUUUAGGAGUGGCCAAGUCUGAUUUUACAUGGGGCGCUGGGGUGAGCUCUACCUUUGAGAUGUAUUUGCUGUCAGAACGUGUCUUCUCCUUUGGAACUGACAAUGUUGAAAUUUUAAAAGACUGGACCCGGGCAAUAUCCAAGUUUCUUGUACCAGCAGUGGCAGAAAUCCUGUUGAAGAGAGAUUAUGAACUUAUUGGUCGGCUGUACUACAAGGAUGUGCACAACCUAGAACACUGGAAAGCGGGCUGGUUUGCAUUAGAAAAAUCACAACUCUGCUUCUGUCCUGAGCAGGGACAGAUAGUUGAAGAGUAUUCUGUCCAUUUAAAGAGGCUGCAAGAACUGACUGUCAGCACUGAGAUUGAGAAACCGAGUGAGAAGAGAGAUGUCUUAUUGCUGGUAGAAAAAGGAAGAACAUUGUACAUCCAUGGUCACACAAAGCUGGAUUUCACAGCUUGGCACACAGCCAUCAGGAAAGCAGCAGGUACAGAUGGUAAUGCUCUCCGAGACCAGCAGCUCAGCAGAAAUGACAUUCCCAUCAUUGUGGACAGCUGCAUAGCGUUUGUUACACAGUAUGGUCUUGGCAGUGAAGCGAUUUACCAAAAAGGUGGCACACCGUCACGAGUUAACCUGCUUCUGGAUCAGUUUCGAAAAGAUGCCAGAAAUGUGAAGCUCAGAAUUGGGGAACAUCAGCUGGGUGAUGUCACAGACGCGAUGAAGAGAUUUCUGUUCGAAAUAGAUGAUGCUCUACUCACCAAAGAAUUAUAUCCAUAUUGGUUAUCUGCAUUAGAUGUACAAAACGAAAACGAACGGUUGGAAAAGUAUCGAAUGCUAAUACAGACAUUACCACGUGUCAACCGGGUUACUCUUGCAGCACUGAUUGGUCACCUUUACAGGGUACAGAAAUGUUCAAAGAUGAAUCAGAUGAAUACACAAAGCUUGUCUCAGGUGUUUUCACCCUACUUAUUCCAAACAGAAGGUCAAACCAAACAAGAAGUUAAUGUCGUAGAGGAUCUGAUCAAUUUGUAUGUUCAACUUUUUGGUGUUAAUGAAGACCAAGUGAAACAGAUGGAGAUAGAAAACAGCUUCAUAACAACGUGGAAAGACACACAGGUUGCACAAGCUGGGGAUCUGAUCAUUGAAGUCUACCUGGGGAAAAAGGAACCGGAUUGUUGCUGCAUAAUUAGGGUGUCUCCGACCAUGACAGCAGAAGAAUUAACUUAUAUAGUUCUGGAAAUGAAGAACAUUGUCACUGAUGAGAAGAUUCUCUGGACAACGUUUGAAGUUAUAGAGAAUGGAGAACUUGAACGAGUACUGCACUACAAAGAGAAUGUUCUGGAACAGGUUCUCCAGUGGAGCACACUGCCUGAGCCUGAAUCUGCUUACUUGAUCAUAAAACAGUUUCAAGCUGCAAAAGCCAUCAAAAAGUACCUCGUGAAAAAUAUCAAAGACUCUGUGAAAACAGGCAUUUUAAAAUGGAGAGAAGAGCCAUCCAGAUUGUUAUCCGGAAAUAAAUUUCAGGAACGUUACUUUGUCCUGCAGGAUGAAAAGCUGUUCCUUUAUAAGGAUGCAAAGAGCAAUAAAAGUGAAAGGGAAGUAGUCGUCAAGUCCUUAAAACUGUACCUUGGACUGAAAAAGAAACUGAAGCCUCCGACUAGCUUGGGCUUUACACUUUAUUCAGAAAAACAACAGUGGUAUUUGUGCUGUGAUAAGGAAGAAACGUAUGUGGAAUGGUUAGCUAGUUUGCUUAAUGCACAGCAUGAAGGUGACCUUUGGCGACUAGAUGGAAAAUUGCAUGUUUCAUCAGCAAUGUUGAAUGCAAAACUCAGCAACAUGGGUUUAAUGCCAGGUCAGAAGAAGAUUGAUGGCAGAAAAAUGGAACAAACGCAUGAUUGCAGCAAAUUGAAGCUGAACGAUGCCCUUCAUCGAACAUUUCGUGAGGGUACUCAGGGGCGACCUCAUCACUUGGCUGCCUGCCAACUCCACUCAGAGGUUCUGCCUGCAAAUGGACCGGAGCCAAAUAGACCCACUUUACGCCCAGGUCAAAUCAAUGUAACACAAAAUAACACAAAAUUAAAACGUAAUCAAGGACUGCAGACUUCAGGUCAAACAGAAGGCACUCUUUCUAAAAUGGUUUUUGGAACUGAUGCAAAACUGCAUUCAGAACUCAUGCAGGAGCUGAACACUGUCUUUCUGAAAAGUAAUCCAUUGGUUAAGAAUGAAUAAACUAUGUCAUCACCUGUAAAAUAUAUGGACAGCUACGUCCUUUAUAAUGAGCAAAUCAUACAUCAUAAAAUGAAGAUGUUUUGCUUCAUAAGAAUUCACAAUUAACAGGUUCACUUCAUUCAGCAACUUACAUCAUUCCAUUGUUAAUGUAUGUUAUGAAGCAAUAGCUAUCAAUUCAAAUUGUCUGAUUUUAGAAACACAUUGAACCAUAUUAAAUACUCAAAGUAGAAUCCUGACCAUACACAUACAAUACUU